CGGUCGACCCUCCUCUGUGGCUGCCAAGCUCGCCGCUCGGCAGCCAAACAACGGCCCAGCGAGCUGCACCUCUCGCUAAGUUAUGUCUCGCUGGCCUUUUUUCGGGAUUUGUGCUGCCGACGCGUCGACCAGGCGGCUCAGAGAACCGGGGGGAGGGAACGUGAGGGGGGAGGAAAUACUUGAGAUGAAGAGCCUCCUUGGUGGCGUAGGGCACGGGGCACAGGGCACAGGGCACAGGGAAACAAUAAAUGGGACAGAGCCUCCACUCCACUUGACUCUGACGAUGGCGUACACAGACUACAACACGUUUCUCCUGCUAGGCGACUCGAUCACUGAGUUCGCCUUCAACCAGUUUCCAGGCCCUGACGAGAACGUCCAGUUCAGUCUAGGAGCGGCGCUCCAGAAUGCAUACGCUAGACGGCUGCAGUUACUCCACCGGGGGUUCAACGGGUACAACACGCGUGACGGCGUGCCACUUGUGAGGUCGAUCUUGCGCACAGAGCACGAUGCGGUACCAGACUCAAAGAAGAUCCAGCUGGCCUACGUCUUCUUUGGCACGAACGACGCGUGCCGCAAGGGCACGUCGCCGACAAACAACGAGCACAUGCCGCUCGACCGCUUUGUCGCCAACAUGACGGCGAUCGUGCACGAGUUCCGGCAGCGGGGUAUCCCGCUCGUCGUCAUCACGCCGGGUGUCCACGACCAGAAGCUCUGGGACACCACGCACCCCGAGGAUCUUCUCACGGGCGACUGCCGGGACAACGAGACGAACAAGCUCUACCAGGACGCGGUGAAGAAGCACCUCGGCGACGUUGUCCCAGUGCUUCCAUUGUACGAUGAGACCAUGGCUUGGAUCGGGAAGCACGGCUCCGAGAAGGCCCACAGCGGGGACUACUCAGAGAUCCUCUCUGACGGCAUCCACUUCUCCGGCCUAGGCUACCGCAUCCUCUACGAUGCCCUCAUGAAGCUCAUCGAGAAGCACUAUCCCGACCGCGUGCCAGCGAACAUGCCUCUCAAGUUCCCCCACUACAGUGAGCUCACCGACGAGACCUUUGCCCACAUCGACUGACUGGCUGAAUCCACUUCUUGUUUGCUCCAGUUAUCGCUGCUCUCCAUCCCGCGAGCGGGAGAGUGGGAUGAGCCACGGACACCACAUGAUUUGGUGGGUCGGCCAGUACAUGGGCCCCAAACACCAUUGGGGCCUCCAGAAACAGUAUUGUUUUGUCUAGAUAUUUCUUUUACGGUUUAGUUAGACAGUAUCCUAAAAUGUACAACAUACCCUAGAAGCGUUCAGCCAGUAAUUGGAAAAUCAAGCUACCGGAAAUCGAAAAGUGUUUGCU